AUGGGAAGUCACCGGGGUUAUGGUGUCUCAGGCGCCCCCAGUGCAUUUGCUGGCGGCUAUAGCGAGGCCAAAAAGCGGCAGCUCGAAGGAGUCACCCUGCCCGAAAAACUCAAAUGUAAGAUAUGCAAGAAAUAUCGUAACGUGCAUGCCUACUCGAAAAGACAACUUGAUAUCUUCCGCCACGCCCGCGUGGUUGAAGGGCAGCGAGCCAACAAUAUCGGUUAUGCGGCCUGUCGCAAUUGCACUGGAGGACAAGUCAUGGAGCUGCGGUGCUGUAUCUGUGAUCAGAUAAAAGGUCUGGAUGAUUUUGCUAUCAAUCAACGCAAGGAGCACGAGCACGCCCGUUGCGUCGACUGCGUCCAGGGUCACAAGGAGGCAGAUCCGGUCGUGGACGAAAACAAACUGAUCACCGACGGCGGGAUUUCGGACACCCAGGCCACAGUUACUAUGAGCCACAUUGAUAGUUCUAUCACCGGCUCGACCAGGCAACUUACUGCUUACAAUCCUGGAUAUGACUCGUCCUUUGCUGGCGUGAACGACAAUAUUCCCUCGGGAGGAGGGGUGUGGGUUGAGCCCGAGCGCCAUGAUACCCACAGUAGUAAGGCGUACGGAUCUUACGGUCAUGACAACCUUGCUUCUAUGGACGCAAGCUCGGUUCACAGCGGAUGGACAUCAUUUGGGGUGCAGAGAUCCAACGCUGCUGCAAGUGCGCGUACCUAUGCUCGCGAUAGAAAGUUUGCGAAAGUCCCAGCGUGGCGUUCUGAAAACCCUGAAAACCCUCCCGAUCGAACCCCGGAGGUCAAGAAUCAUGUUGAUUUUGACAAUGACGAGGAUGAGGACAUCACUGGCUAUCUCUAG